AAUGUAUCUUUCAUUGUACCAGUUCCAGUAAGUGCGGCAAAAGAAUUCCCUGAGAGAAAGAUAUAUGAAGUGGUUUAUCCCAGAAGAAUUCACCCGUUGCAUAAAAGAGAGAUAGACAACUUUAAGAAGUCAAAUCAACAGAAAAAAUUUGAAACUGAAUUGAAGUACAAAAUGACAGUUAAUGGAAAAAUUGUGGUGCUUUCUUUGAAAAAAAACAAGGAUCUCCUUGCACCAGGCUACACGGAAACACAUUAUAAUUCCACAGGAAAGGAGGUCACCACAAGUCCACAAAUAAUGGAUGACUGUUAUUACCAAGGACACAUCAUUAAUGAAAAAGUUUCUGAUGCUAGCAUCAGUACAUGUAGGGGACUAAGAGGUUACUUCAGUCAGGGGGAUCAAAGCUAUUUCAUUGAACCAUUAAGUGGCACAAAUCUGGAUGAAGAAGGGCAUGCACUUUUUAAGCAUGACCCUGAUGAAAAGGUUAACAGCACCUGUGGGAUGGAUGAUGUGAUAUGGACACAUGGGUCUCGAAAGAAUGCCAUCCCACCUGCCACCAAUCUGGUUAAAUUGAAUGGCCAGAAUGCUCAGAAGUAUCAGAAAUACAUAGAGUAUUAUUUGGUCCUGGAUAAGGGUGAGUUUCAAAAGUACAAUCAUAAUCCCGAGGAAAUAAGAAAGAGGGUUUUUGAGAUGGCCAAUUACGUCAACAUGCUUUAUAAAAAGCUCAAUGCUCAUGUGGCCUUAGUUGGUAUAGAAAUCUGGACAGAUGAAGAUAAGAUAAAGAUAACCCCAAAUGCAAGCUUCACCUUGGAAAAUUUUUCUAAAUGGAGGGGGAGUAUCCUCCCAAGAAGAAAGCACCAUGAUAUUGCUCAAUUAAUCACGUCAACAGAGCUUUCUGGAACAACUGUGGGCCUUGCUUUCAUGUCUACAAUGUGCUCACCUUAUCAUUCGGUUGGCAUUGUUCAGGAUCACAGUGACAACUUGCUUAGAGUUGCAGGGACAAUGGCUCAUGAAAUGGGCCAUAACUUAGGAAUGUUCCAUGAUUCCUAUGUUUGCAAGUGCCCUUCUACAAUAUGUGUGAUGGACAAAGCACUAAGCUUCUACAUACCCACAGACUUUAGCUCCUGUAGCCGGGUCAGCUAUGAUAAGUUUUUUGAAGAUAAAUUAUCAAAUUGCCUCUCUAAUGCUCCACUACCUACAGAUAUCAUCUCAACUCCAAUAUGUGGGAACCAUUUGGUAGAAAUAGGAGAGGACUGCGAUUGUGGAACUCCUGAGGAAUGCACCAACAUUUGCUGUGAUGCUAAAAUAUGUAAAAUCAAAUCAAAUUUUCAAUGUGCAUUAGGAGAAUGCUGUGAAAAAUGCCAAUUUAAAGCAGCAGGUAGUGUCUGCAGACCAGCAAAAGAUGAGUGUGAUCUGCCUGAAAUGUGUGAUGGUAAAUCUGGGAAUUGCCCUGAUGACAGAUUCCGAGUCAAUGGCUUCCCUUGCCAAAAUGGAAAAGGCUACUGCUUGAUGGGAAUGUGUCCCACCCUGCAGGAGCAGUGUACUGAGAUGUGGGGACCAGGAACUGAGGUUGCAGAUAAGUCAUGUUACAGCAGGAAUGAAGGUGGGUCAAAGUACGGGUACUGUCGCAAAGUGGAUGACACACCCAUUCCCUGUAAAGCAAAUGAUGCCAUGUGUGGGAAGUUGUUCUGUCAAGGAGGGUCAGAUAAUUUGCCUUGGAAAGGACGAAUAGUAACUUUCCUGACAUGUAAAACAUUUGAUCCUGAAGACACCACUCAAGAAAUAGGUAUGGUGGCUAAUGGAACUAAAUGUGGAAAUGAGAAGGUUUGCAUUAAUGCUGAAUGUGUAGAUAUUGAAAGAGCCUACAAAUCAACUAAUUGCUCAUCUAAAUGCAAAGGACAUGCUGUCUGUGACCAUAAGCUGCAGUGUCAGUGCAAGGAAGGCUGGGCCCCACCCGACUGCGACGACUCCACAAUGGUCUACCACUUCUCCAUUGUGGUUGGGGUGCUGUUCCCCUUGGCUGUCAUAUUUGUGGUGGUUGCUAUAGUAAUCCGGCACCAAAGCACCAGAGGAAAGCAGAACAAAGUCCAGAGGCCAUUGUCCAGCAGUGGUGCCACACCAGGCAAACAGAAGAGGAAACCACAGAUGGAAAAAGCUGUUCAACCGCAGGAGAUGAGUCAGAUGAAGCUCCAUGGGUCUGAAAUGUCAGUGGAAGGCAUUGAGCUUCCAGCUUCUUUUCUACUUACCAGGCCGAAUUUUCCACCACCUCCAAUUCCUACGACGGUGUCAUCUUCCUCUUUCCUACAUAAAGAAACAAAAGUACUGCCCACUACUAUUUCUAAGAAUAAGCCAAUAUCUACAUCUAAGGGCUCAAAUCCAAAAGUCUGA